GCAGCCCCCCUCGGCACAGGCGCCGCCGCGGGGCCCGGCGGAGGAUGGUGCGCGGCGCGCCGGGGGCUCCCCGCCGCCAGAGCCGCAGCACCGAGGCGGAGCCGUCCGCGGCGGGCAGCCGACCCCCGCAUCGGGCGCGGGGCGAGCGGCCGCGGUGAGGCGCCGAGGGCGGCGCGGGCGCAGCGGCCAUGGGGGCCCUGACCAGCCGGCAGCACGCGGGCGUGGAGGAGGUGGACAUCCCGUCCAACUCCGUGUACCGCUACCCACCCAAGUCCGGAAGCUAUUUUGCCAGCCACUUCAUUAUGGGAGGAGAGAAGUUUGAUUCAACUCACCCUGAAGGCUACCUGUUUGGAGAGAACAGCGAUCUGAACUUUCUGGGGAACAGACCAGUUGCGUUUCCUUACGCUGCCCCUCCUCCCCAAGAACCAGUGAAGACUCUGAGAAGCCUGAUCAACAUCCGAAAGGAUACACUAAGACUCGUCAAAUGUGCCGAGGAAGUGAAGACCCCGGGGGAAGAGGCCGGCAGAGCGAAAGUCCAGUACAACGUGGAGUUCACCUUUGACACGGAUGCUCGGGUGGCCAUCACCAUCUAUUAUCAGGCCACCGAAGAGUUCCAGAAUGGGAUUGCCAGCUACAUCCCCAAAGACAACAGCCUGCAGUCAGAGACGGUGCACUACAAGCGUGGGGUGUGCCAGCAGUUCUGCCUGCCCUCCCACACCGUGGACCCCUCCGAGUGGGCUGAAGAGGAGCUUGGCUUUGACCUGGACAGAGAGGUUUACCCGUUAGUGGUCCAUGCUGUGGUGGAUGAAGGAGACGAGUAUUUUGGCCAUUGCCACGUCCUGCUGGGCACUUUUGAAAAGCACACAGAUGGGACUUUCUGUGUCAAGCCCCUCAAACAGAAACAAGUAGUGGAUGGGGUCAGCUACCUCCUUCAGGAGAUCUAUGGAAUUGAAAACAAGUACAACACGCAAGAGUCUAAGGUGGCUGAGGAUGAAGUGAGUGAUAACAGUGCCGAGUGUGUGGUGUGUCUCUCAGACGUGCGGGACACCUUGAUUCUGCCGUGUCGUCACCUCUGCCUGUGUAACACCUGCGCGGACACCCUGCGCUACCAGGCCAACAACUGCCCCAUCUGCCGACUGCCCUUCCGGGCACUGCUUCAGAUCAGAGCCAUGAGGAAGAAACUGGGCCCCCUGUCCCCAACCAGCUUUAACCCCAUCCUCUCAUCCCAGACAUCCGACUCAGAAGAGCAUUCAUCCUCAGAGAACAUUCCACCGGGUUAUGAAGUGGUGUCUCUUCUGGAGGCCCUCAAUGGGCCCCUUACCCCAUCCCCGGCAGUCCCCCCACUCCACGUGCUUGGAGACAGGCACCGCUCGGGAAUGCUGCCUUCCUACGGCAGUGACGGCCACCUGCCUCCUGUCCGGACGCUCUUCCCCCUCGACCACCUGUCUGACUGCAGCAGCCCAGGACUCAAGCUCAGAAACAGUCUCUCCAAGUCCAUCUCCCAGAAUUCUUCUGUGCUGCACGAAGAGGAAGAUGAGCGUUCAUGCAGCGAAUCUGAGACGCACCUGUCUCGGAGACCAUCAGCCCAGCAUCUCAGAGAGGAAUGUGGCAUCACCCCAGAAAGUGAGAACCUGACCUUGUCAUCGUCAGGAGCUAUUGACCAGUCGUCCUGCACGGGGACGCCUCUCUCCUCCACAAUUUCCUCCCCAGAAGACCCUGCCAGCAGCAGUCUGGCCCAGUCGGUCAUGUCCAUGGUGUCCUCCCAGAUCAGCACCGACACCGUCUCCUCCAUGUCCGGCUCCUAUAUCGCCCCUGGCACGGAAGAGGAGGGGGAGGCUCUCCCCUGCCCCCGGGCCACCAGCAGGACCCCCUCAGAAGAAGAAGAGGUGACACCAGCGGCGUCUCCAGACUGCAACUUUGCGGGCCUCGCCGCCGCCGCCGCCGCCGAAGAGCAGGAUGCAGAGGGAAAUGAUGUUCUAGAAGAAGAGGACGGAUCACCCACACAAGAAGAUGGCCAGAGGACAUUCGCAUUUCUAGGUAUGGCGUGUGACAAUAACAAUGCCUUUGACAUCGCCAGCGUGAAAGCACUGGACAAUAAGCUGUGCUCUGAGGUCUGCUUACCCGGUGCCUGGCAGGCUGAUGACAACGUGGUCAGUCGUCGGAACACGCAGCGCCGACGCUUAUCUUCCGGCAGCCUGGAGGACCCCGAGAACAGGCUCUGCGUGUGGGGUCCUUUGGCCAUCUGAGAGCCCUAGCCCCUGUACCAGGGCUCUCCUCCCGUCCUCACAUCCCAUCCUGGCCUCACGGCACCACUGACCUCCUGGGCAUCCUCAGCAAGACACAUGGAGACUUUUUAGACCCACGUGAAAGCUGGAUGCUGAGGGCACCUGCCCCUUCUCCCAGACUCAUCUUCUUCCGCAACCGUGAUCCUUCCCCUCUCAGAAGGGACCGGAAGCCUCUUUUCUCCUUGUGGGCUAAAGCCACUCAAUGAACUGCAGCUCAUGAGACCCUUGCAGAGACUCUCUGGAAUGCUUCCACUGUAUCUUGAUCUUCAGGUGGAGCUGUGGUCCACGGACUGGUUAAUUUCUUGUGCAUCUUUUUUUCUCCUUAGGAGGUAGACCAAGAAGACUCAAGAGUUUGGGUGACUUCAUAACAAACACCCAUCUGGCAUUUUCUAGUCUCUGGGACAUCAUAACCAAUCUGAAACGUGCAAUUUGGGGUGGGGUUGGGGGAUGACUCCUGUGAGAAGGGAAAGCCAUAUUGCACUGUAAGUGGGGUUUCCCUCAAAAUGCAUUAGGAGCUCCUUUCUCAAGGACAAGAAGCAGUGGCAACCAUCAGAAGGCUGGUUGGGAAAACGGUUCUUGCUUCUGGUAGCAGAGGCUGUGCCUCGUGUGUCUGUCUGCUUGACAGAGGCCUUGAAUCUGAGAAUCCCUCAGUUAAAUGAUUACCUGCCGGGGAGUUAUUUAUGAUCAGGUGCACUUAGGAAGGCCUGGGGCUCCAUCCUAAGGUGACACUGCAAAAGCAUUUUUUACCCCCUCUAUGUACCAGGCACUUGUUAGGAACUGUCGUAUAUUACCACGUUUCAUCACUACCACCCUGUCAGGUGGCAUUCUUAUCCCUGCUGCCCCCGUCUCCACCCCGCUUUUCUUAAAUAGUUGAAGAAAUAGGCUGAGAGAGGGGUGGACCGGUGGUUCUCAUUUGGUGCCCAGGAACCCCAAAGGAGGUUGGGGGAAGGGCUGAGCUGGGGUCAUUGGUGGUCUGGGAGGCUCCCCACCCCACCGGUUUUCCUCCCCUGUCCUCCAGAUCAGCUGAGCCUGGUGGGGGGAGGGGGAGGUACUGCCUUCCAUAGGCUCAUUAGAGAUUUAGAGAUAUUGUUGUUCAAGUCACAUGUCCACCCCACCUCAGUCCAGUGUAGGGCAUAUAAAUAACAGCCUGAAACAGCAAGACCGUAAGCUGUUGGCUGUUCGUCUCUCAACACUAGUGUUAUCAGUGGAUUCCUCAUAGCUCUCUGAUAGAUGCAUUGUCUGCUGGCUUUUGGAAGAGGCGGUUGUGUAGUGGAGCAUGAGAUUGAGAAGCAAAGUGGGAUCCAACAGUUUGUGAGGCUGAGAUGUGACAGAGCCCUAGGCUGUGCCCACCAUGAUGGCCUGAAUUAGUAGUUGGAAUUGUUGCCCUAGAAGAGCUUUUCAGGGUCCUUCCCAAGGCCUCAGAGAGAGCCCAGUGCUGGGGGAUCUUUGGCACCUCCUGUGUGGCUUCUUUGCGCCGCCAGGGGGGUGGUGACCCUCACUGCCUGGUGGUUGUGCUUCACAUCCUGCCCUGGGGGGUGGGCGGGGG